AUGUUGAAUAUCCCUAUAAGAUCUUGGGAAGCAGGACCUCCUGUUCUUGGAGUUUCACCAUCUAUGAAGAUUGGUGUAUCCCUUAAGAUGACGUCUUCGGGUUGGCAUUCUGAAGAUGUACCGCUUUCGAAGUUCAAGAUAUUGGGUUGCAAGAAUGAAGGUGAAGUUGGUGUAGUUUCCAUAGGCCUUUUGGAUUUUAAACUUAACAUCUCUAUUGUUUCGAAUAACAUCUUGUUGAUUUUACCCUGUUCGGUGAUACGUGAUUCCAUCCUGGUCAACAUAGAAAUGACUUUAGUGUUGGAGAUUGUUUGGUCAAAAAUUACACAAGUAUAA